UAAAGCCCCAAAAGCAUACGUAUAUAUAAGAGCGUUCUUCGUAGAAGCUAGAAUCGCAGUAACUUCACUGAUUACCGCAUUCGCCUUCGUAAUGGACUCUCCCUCCGGCGCGCACUUCUCCGGCUGGCGUCCUUCGUCCAUUUCUUCAUCUUCUUCUCACAGCGUCUUCCUCAUCGGAGUGUCCGGAGGUACUGCAUCGGGGAAAACCACUGUGUGUGACAUGAUUAUUCAACAACUGCAAGAUCAUAGAGUUGUUCUAGUUAAUCAGGAUUCGUUUUAUCGUGGUUUAACUAAAGAUGAGUUGAAACGCGAUCAUGAGUAUAAUUUUGAUCAUCCUGAUGCAUUUGAUACCGAGCAACUUGUAGAAACACUCAUCAAACUUAAAUCUGGGCAGUCUGUUCAGGUUCCUGUUUAUGAUUUUAAGCUUCACCAGAGAGCUUCUGAUAGAUACCAACAGGUCAAUGCAUCUGAAGUAGUUAUUUUGGAGGGUAUAUUGGUUUUUCACGAACAACGUGUCCGCGACUUGAUGAAUAUGAAGAUAUUUGUUGAUGCAGAUCCUGAUGUAAGGCUUUCCCGGAGAAUAAGACGAGAUACGGUUGAGAGGGGUAGAGAUGUGCACUCUGUACUGGAACAAGCAAGACUUUAAUCUUUUGUAUAUUAUAACUUCAUCAUAUGUCAGGAAUUCAGGACUCAAAGUAUUAUUUGUAAA